AUGGCCGUUCCAGAUCCAAACCAAGCACGACAGAAGAAUGUCUUCGUCCUGUGCUUUGAUGGCACCGGCAACAAGUUCAGCGGGAAGGACACAGACAGCAACAUCCUCAAACUCUACCGCAUGCUCGACCGCUCUGAUGUAAACAUGUACACCUUUUACCAGCCAGGCAUUGGCACAUACGUCAGUUCUCACACGAUUCAAACUACCUCCUCACUGGGCCGGAUACGAUCUUGGUACCUGAAAACCAAAGAUGAGGCGGUUGGCACGUCUUUUGCAGAUCACGUAAUGGGUGGUUACAAGUUCCUCAUGCGCUACUACAGCUGCGAGGAUGACUUGUACUUUUUUGGUUUCAGUCGGGGAGCCUACACGGCCCGUUUCCUUGCCGAAAUGCUAGACCAUAUUGGUCUGUUAGCGGCUGGCAACGAAGAACUCAUCCGGUUUGCUUGGAAAACCUACGCCAAAUGGGCUGCCAGAAAGAAUGACGGCAGUGACCGGGCCAAAAAAAGAGAGGAGGAGCAGUAUGAAUUCAUGCGCGGAUUCAGGGAAACAUUCAGCAGGCCAGUUCGUCGAAUUCGGUUCCUUGGCUUGUUCGACACGGUGAACUCGGUGCCAAGGUUCGAGUCGGCUUGGAUGCAACGGAGCAAAUUCCCCUAUACUGCUCGUUCGUCGGCCAAGGUGAUAAGGCAUGCCGUGUCCAUUGACGAAAGGCGGGCCAAGUUCCGUCAAGAUCUGAUCAGCGGUGCACAGACUGAAUCAGAGAACCAGGUGCACCGCAAGAUCCAUCGCUACGAGUCGGAUCUCCAACAAAUGAAUGAGAAGGCCCAUGCAGAUGAAAACGAAGGUCAAUCUGCCUUGCAAGAAGGUCCGCAGAUUACUGUGACGGGCUCAUCUGGUGGUCAACUCUCAGUACCAGCAGCCCAGCUUGCAUCACAAAGCUCUGCCGAGAGCCUUGCGGCUCCUAUGCAUUCCCCAUCUACUGAGCAUCUCCGAGAGAGGGCGAAGUCGCCACGAAAACAAGCCAGGCGUCGAUGGUCACAGCCAAAACGUUCGCAAGAUGUGCAAGAGGUCUGGUUCGCAGGUGGUCACGGGGAUAUUGGCGGAGGCUGGGAAAAGGGAGAUAAAGAGCACUGGAUGCUCAGCCACACGCCGUUGGUGUGGAUGGUGCAUGAGGCCGAGAAUGCGGGACUGAAAUUUGACCCUGGAAAAAUGACUCGAUUAGGAUGCUCGCCCCAUGCAGUCGACGAAUUUGGCGAGAGGGUCGAGGACACCACGACACGCACAGCCUUCCAGCAGAACCUAGAACAUUGCUACACCAAUUCAACUAUCCACGAUUGUCUGAAGUUCAAUGGCGGCUUGCCGCGUGGCACCGUUUCUUUCUGGAAACUGAUGGAAUAUCUCCCGUUUCGCAGAAUGGAUUUACAAGAUGGGAAGUGGAAAGCUAUUCGCUGGCCACUGCCCAUGGGGGAAACGCGGGAUAUUCCAGAUGAUGCGCAAAUCCACAUAUCUGUCAUCAGGCGUAUGCAAGCCGACCCGAGUUAUCGCCCAGGCAACCUCAUUAUCGGUGGAGGUGGGCGAGGUGUACGGAAAGCUCCUGAGAAGUAUGGCAUUGGCGAAUGGGAGCCGCACAUGUGGGAAGGUGAUAUUAUCAAGCACACGGUUGUGCGAAAGCACCCAUCUUCCUCCAACUGA